AUGAACAAAUUCAUUGUUGGCGCGCUUGGCCUCGUCGCCGGUGUGGCUGCAACUCCAGUGGAGCUCAUCGAGCGGAACGCCUGUAGAGAUGACAGUCUAUACAAGUGUUUCGUUAGCAGAGAAUACUCUCAUUCGGCUUCUGCGUAUUGCUCUGCUCUCGCUCCGGCUACGCAAACUGUCACAGUAGCAGAGCCUACUGUAACAUCAACUCUGUGGGUCACCAGCACCGCUGCUGCCACAACCGACUUCCUCAGCUCUACAACCACCGUUUAUACGGCCACGGUCCCAUCCUCCACAGAAACAGCAAUCGAAACGGACUUUGAGACUUCCAUCCAGACUGCUAUCGUUACUGCAAUUGCAACUGCAAUUGAGACAGACGUUGUCACUGUGACCGAGACAGAAACUCAGACUGCAACUGAGACAGACACUCAGACUGCCACUCAAACUGCAACCCAGACUGCCACUCAGACCGCAACUCAGACUGCAACUCAGACCGUCACAGCAACAGCAACUGUCACUAGUGGUCAGCAGCAGGCGCCGCCGCCGCCUGUCACCACCCAUGCUCCGUUCAAGCGUGGAAAGCCUGGGCAGCCCAAGUGUAUGGUCACCAAGUGCUUCGUCUACUCUCCCGAGCGCAUCACUGCCGCUUGUGAUUGUAUCAAUGUGCCGCCCAAGACGGUCACAGUCUCUCAGACAGCUCCUGCAGCGACUGUCAGAGUGACUUCGACCUCGGUUAUUACACCUGGCGUUACAGCACCAGCAUGGCAAACUGUGGCAACAGAGCUUGAUAGUGGUAUUGCGACUGCCACAGCCAUUGUCACAGACAUCAUCACGGAUGCUGUUACAAACACCCUGACAAACACCAUCACCAACACCGUUACAAACACCGUCACUGCCACUGUCACAAACACAGUUACAGCUACUGUUACGAGCGUCGUGACGGCCACCGUGACGGCCACCGUCACAGCUACUGUCACAACCACUGUCACGGCCACUACUACCACCACCACAACCGUCACUGUGACUCCCACGCCAGUCAACCUCAUCCCCAACGGUGAUUUCUCGGCCGGUCUGAGCCCAUGGGUCACCUCGUCGAGCUCCUCCAGUGCGUGGACAAGCAUCGGCGUGAGCAAUGCAAACAGCCCCGACGGCGAACUAAACGCUUUUCAUGCCACCAACAUCCGCAAUGUUUCACCACUCAUCAUCGUUAGCGCUCCCUUCAAACUGCAGGUGAAGUCUGCAUACCAACUUUCUUUCAUGAUCGCAACCACCUCUACCGACAGGAGCUGGAAGGGUAGAGUCACGGCCUCGAUUGUCUGCGGUUCAACAUCGCUUGAUGUCCCUAGCUUCAACCAGGCGACAUCAGGUCCCGGUGCUUACUUUACAAGCACGAGCAUUAUCAACACUCCUGUGACAAACAGCGUAUCGACGAUAAAUCAGUUGAACAGCUGCCAGCUGAAGGUUGGGCUUCCUACUACUUCGACGGUGCCAUCUACGUGGUACUUUGCCGAUGCUGUCCUCCAGUUCGACCAUGCUAUCAAUAGGUCGUAG